ACAUUCUUGAUUAGGCAGUUUGUCAAGACAUGUCUUCGGUCUAGUGGCCUAUAAAUGUCAUGUCUGAGAAGAACACGAAAUAGCUUACAGGUGCGUCUCUACGGCAGCUAAAGUAAAGUGUAGGAUAUGUAAGAAAUGAAUUGUUAUCUGUAAAUAAGACUUAUGUCUGUCAGCAACAGAUUGUUCGAAUCGAAAUAUAUUAUUAAUGUAAGUUGUUGGCAUUUAUUAAUUUGUAUUGUAGAUGUCCUAACACUGGAGGGUUUGACUUAAUGGCAACCUAGUUCAACAGCAGUUCCACUCAUGGAGUCAUCCUUACAGAGGGCCUUGACAGGAGAGGACCCAGAAGAGGCUGCAAGUGGCUUCUCUCCUGAAGCUCAGGAUGGGAAAAUUGUAGCUCAGGGUGGAGGCCAUGUCUCGGCUCCAACCGUGACACGCAGUACAGUUCAGGGAAACAUCAGCAUCAACUCAAACAUUCAUCAUCAUUAUCAUAGUCUUGGGGUUUCCGCUCCGGCAACACCACCACAGGACCCUGAUCAUACCUCCAAAAUAAAUGAAUACAAGACAUCCAUCUGCUCCACAUAUAAAAAAGUGAAGGAGUAUAACUCUCGACCUGGUGAGAAUGUACUGCUGCCUGACCGCUACACUGAGCUGCUGAUCGUUGAGACACACAGAAAUCAGAGAGAAAGAGAGGAGGAGAUCCGUUGUAGAGGAGAAGAUCACCAGCAGGUCUUAAAAACCAGGGCAAGUGAAGCAUACAACAGAAUCACUGUGGACCAGUUGUUCAAACCCGAUGACGGUGGAGAUGUUCCAAAGGCAGUCAUUCUUCAGGGCAACUCUGGACAUGGCAAAUCCUUUACUGUUCAGAAGAUCAUGUACGACUGGGCUUCAGGAAUAGUAUUCAAAGACCUGUUCCACCUUGUUCUUCACCUUAAAUGCAAAGAGCUUAAUGAAAUCUCAGAGGCACAUAGUCUGGUGGAUCUCCUGAGCUACUGUCCAAGCUUCACCAGUGAGACAGCAGAGGUGCUGAAGGACUCAAAAAUGAAAGUGCUCUUCCUCAUUGAUGGCUUUGAUGAGCUCAAGUUCUCAUUUGAGAAAACUAGCACAGUGCCACCUAAAGACCCUUUCAGAGAAGCUCCUGUUGAGGCCACUCUGAGCGCUCUGCUGAAGGGGCUGGUCCUGCCUAAGUGCUUCCUGCUGGUCACCACCAGGUCCACUGCUUCAGACAAACUGAGCAAGCUGCUCAGUGAUUCUCAGCGUUUCACUGACAUCCUAGGCUUCACUGAGGAGGGGGUGAAGGAGUACUUCCAGAGGUUUUUCAAAGAAGAACUGCUUGCAAAGAAAGCAUUUGACUGUGUGAGGACCAACGAGACUUUGUACACCGCCUGCUUCAUCCCCGUCAUCUGCUGGAUCACCUGCACAGUUUUCAGGGAGCAAGAAGAAGGCAUGGACAUCACUAAGGAACUAGAAACAACCACCUCUAUAUUUGAGCACUUUGUGUCCAUUCUGCUGAAGCAUCACUGCCAGGAUUUGAGUCAGCCUGAAACACUGCUGAGGAGCCUGGGCCAGCUGGCAGAGAGAGGGUUACAGGAACAUCAGGUCCUGUUUGAUGAGAAGAGUUUGUCUGAGGCUUUCCCUGAUCCAUCACAAGCAACCAAAUACAAUCCUUUCCUCUGCAAAUUCUUGCUAAGGAGGAAAGUCAAACAGGAAAGAAUGUAUAGUUUCAUGCAUCUGAGCUUCCAGGAGUUCUUCGCUGCUCUCCAGUACCUGAUGUUGGAGAAUGAGGAAGAGGCACUUGACAAACUACGGGAGUUGUUACGAAACGUUGAACGUUUUAAACCUGUCAUUCAAUUCCUUUUUGGGCUUUCAAACAGAGACAUUUACCCAGACCUGAAAAAGCAGUCCUGGCCAUCCAUUAAAGCUCAUCUGCAGGAAUGGCUUCUAAGCGUUUUGGAAAAGGACAGAAAGCUUCGAAAGGGUUUGGCGCAUUGGAUAUAUCAAGGUGUGAAUAAUCGAGAUCUACAUUGUCUCUAUGAGCUCCAUGAGCUCCAUGAGGAGGAGUUUGUAAGGGAGGCCAUGGAGGUUUGGGGUAAGAUCAAGUUUCACUUCAUUCCCCUGACGAGGACAGACUGCUCGAUGCUGCUGUACUGCCUGCAGUGCUGCUCGACCAUCAGAAGUCUGGAGCUCACACAGUGCAACAUAACAGCUGAGAAGCUGAGGAUGUUGCAGCCUGCACUGAGCAGGUGUGAGGAGCUGGGGUUACAUGUGGAGAGCCUGUCAGAUGCUGAUGUUGUUGACCUGAUCUCAGCUCUGGGGCAGGGAAAGAUCCUGACUGAAUUGAGAGUGGCAGAGAGCAGCCUCUCACAUGAGAGUGUGGAGCAGGUCCUCAGUGCUCUCUCCAGGCAAAAGUCUGUGGGUACCGUCCGUCUGUCUGUGAGGACCAUGACCUUUACCACGACGGACCGGUGCUUGGACUUCAUUCAGAAAACAAAGACAUGCCGUCACCUGACGCUUCAGGAUAAUUCUUGGCCACCCUCCUCUCUCUUUGUGAUCAAAGACUCCACCAGAAGACUCAGGUGAAACCUCCCUUCAUGAGAAGCUUCACUGUCUGUGUUAAUAGUGUUGUA